CCAAACAUCAUCCUUUUGGGAUUUGGCGGGAAAGGGUUGUCGGUACCUUGGUUAUCCAAAUCCCACCCGUCGUGUUUGGGGAGUCAUGGCGAGAAAGAGGGUCAAAAAGUCACAAGGGUGACUGUCCAUCUCGUUACCCAAACAUCACACCAUGAACAUAUUUAUCUCGCCCAUUCCCCUCGCUGCUUGCGAGUUUCUGCGAGCUGGUAGGGGUAAACGACCUGCACUCGCUUCAUCUAAAUCGUGCAAGGCCAUGAGGCCAACCACACAGCCUCACAACCUCGCAGCUCAAGCUUAGAAAAAGAAUUUCUCCAUAUUCGUCUGAAUCUACUCAGCUAUUUCUUUCAAAAUUUCCCCUUCUUGCCUCGUCUUGGCCCGCCAUCUUUAGUUACGACUCCGUUUCGUACACAUAUCAUCAUGGGUGGUUCUGCGUUUUCUUCGUUUCCGGACCCGCCUUACACCCCCCGGAUGCCUCUAGCGGUCUAUCAACGCGCCGUCUCCGAAUGCAAUGCUGCGCUGCGGAAGCUCUUCAUCUGUGUGGCGACACCAAUCGAAGGGCCGGAAAAGAAGGACUACGGGGAUGUCGACAUCCUGGUCGCGCUCGACAAACGUCUCGCUUUCCCCCAGACCCCCGCCGACUCGGUUCUAAGGGAACCAAAAGACCUGAUGAAGGAUGUCGAACGCGAACUCCGUGCGCGGUAUGCCAUCGUUCAACCGGCUGGGACCUCGGCGAAUUUGGCGAUCCCAUGGCCUUCAGGGGUGAACGAACACGCCAUAGCUCCCGAGGAAGCACCCGGCACCGGAGAGGUUGCCGCCACCCAGGAGGAGUCGAAGCCCAAAUACAUCCAAGUCGAUAUCCGCAUCUGCCGGAGCGUUGAUGAGCUCUACUGGAUCCUCUACAAGCAUGCCCAUGGGGAUAUCUGGAACCUCCUUGGGAGCACCAUCAGGCCCUUUGGACUCACAGUCGACGAGGAAGCCCUGUGGCUCCGGAUUCCCGAGAUCGAGAAGUUUGAUCGCAAACAUGCAAGGGUGUGCCUCACCAAAGAUCCUGUCGAGAUUCUGCACUUUCUCGGAAUGAGAGUCGAGGGAUUUUGGGACGAGCCGUUCCCUUCGGUAGAUGCUCUUUUCGACUACACCAUGACCUGCCGGCUUUUCUACGUCCGAGACACGUCGGACGGUGAUGCAGAAGGCGAUGCAGACGAGGUCGGUGUGGUCGGCGGAGAGGCGGGUCGAAAAAAGCUCAAGUCCAACGACCGGCGGAGGAUGAAGGGCCGCCCGGUUUAUCGGCGCUGGAUAAACGAGUUCAUACCCGCACUCCGCGCUGAAGGCAAAUUCAUUCGGACAGGCCCCGGCACGUCCAUCGAAGAGAUGCGGGCGCUGGUUCGAGAACAAGCUUUCGACCGCUUCCUCGUCAAGGCGGAAUACACGCGGCGGCUGAGCGAGUGGCGGCUAAAGAGGAAUGGCGAGCAGGUGAAGUCCUUGAUCAAAGAGUUGGUCCCGAGCACCAUGGACCCGCAACGACGAGCGUGUGUGGUCGGCGCCUUAAAAAAGAUCAUCCUGGAAAGCGAUAUUUCGUUCGGAUUUGAUUCUUCUGGUUUACGAGACGCAGAUGGUCUCUGCGACGCUGCGCUUGUUCGCCAGUUCGUCCGAGAUAAUCUGGAACAGGUGGGCAAGGCUGGGUGGGCGAGACAACAGCAGCGGGCGCGAGAAUCGAUGCAGUUGAAAGCAUCUAGUAGUAAAGUUGGAAAUGGAAUGGACAGGCUAGAGUGAUAGAAAAUGGAUUUGGGGACGAUACAAUAUUCCUCGAGCUCAACGCU